CUAUUUGGGUCUUGGACCCUCUUAGGGUCCUUAUUCCUGCCUGGAGAACCUAUGUGGGUCCUUGGAUCCCUCUUAGGGUCCUUAUUCCUGCCUGGGGAACCUAUUUGGGUCCUUGGAUCCCUCUUAGGGUCCUUAUUCCUGCCUGGUGAUCUAUGUGGGCCUUGGACUCCUCUUAGGGUCCUUAUUCCUGCCUGGGGAACCUAUUUGGGUCCUUGGAUCCCUCUUAAAGUCCUUAUUCGUGCCUGGUGAAUCUAUGUGGGUCCUUGGAUCCCUCUUAGGAUCCUUAUUCCUGCCUGGGGAACCUAUUUGGGUCCUUGGAUCCCUCUUAGGGUCCUUAUUCCUGCCUGAGGAACCUAUUUGGGUCCUUGGAUGCCUUUUAGGGUCCUUAUUCCUGCUUGAGGAAUUUAUGUGGGUCCUUAGAUACCUCUUAGGGUCCUUAUUCCUGCCUGGUGAACCUAUUAGGGUCCUUGGAUCCCUCUUAGGGUCCUUAUUCCUGCCUGGGGAACCUAUUUGGGUCCUUGGAUCCCUCUUAGACUGUCUCAGCCCCACUUGGCCCUGCCCAGCCUGGCAGCAGCACAUCUUCAUGCUCUUUGAAGGUUGUGCAAAGCCAGCCCAGCCAGUUCCACAGCAGUUGCCUCUGUGUCUCACUCAGCAUGACAAACACCUGCUGGGUGACAUCCCAUAGCUCCGGGCUUGGGGGGGUCUUAUGCCCCAUCUCCAUAUAUAUUGUGUCUAUACAGCUGCUUUCAAUGCAAGGGGGGGGGGUGUUCAUUGAUGGGACCAAAACCACGUUGGGUUUGGCCUGCAAGUCCUUGGAAGGACUUUAUUCUGCUAAUUUUGGGCCAGGUUCUGAAUGCUACGGGGGCAGAAGUUCCUUUGAUGUGCUUUUAUCUUCCUAUGAAUUAAUGAGAGCGUUUCACAAGGCUCCGAAAUCGCUGCUGGGGGCUCUUUUGUGCUCUUGGCAACUGAGAGGAACCAGCUGGUGGAUCUCUGGGAUCACAGCAGCUUUUGAUGGCUGCAAAUGGGAGGUGUCAAAGUGUUCUGCAUCCCUUCCAGAAGGACAAAUGGCUUUUGCCUCUUAGAUUGGGUGAGAUGCAGCAGCUCCAGCUUGUUUCACAUCAACAUCCUGCCCAGCUCUCUGCUGGCUCCCAGCCCUGGAGCCCUAUGGAGCAUCCUGGUGUCCCUUGGUUGAGCUUUGAGCCAUGAUCCUCACCAUUAAUAAAGGCUCAUAGCCCUGGGCUGAGCUCUGGAGCCCUAUGGAGCAUCCUGGUGUCCUUUGGUUGAGCUUUGAGCCAUGAUCCUCACCAUUAAUAAAGGCUCAUAGCCCUGGGAUGAGCUCUGGAGCCCUAUGGAGCAUCCUGGUGUCCCUUGGUUGAGCUUUGAGCCAUGAUCCUCACCAUUAAUAAAGGCUCAUAGCCCUGGGAUGAGCUCUGGAGCCCUAUGGAGCAUCCUGGUGUCUCCUCAGCAGGCUUUUGUGCUGCUGUAAUUGACCCAGAGCUCCCAUUGCUAGAAGAACAUGCAGGACAGGAGUCAGCACUUAUGGCCAGAUCCAGCCCCUGCUUUCAGGCUGGAUGAGGGACCUGGAAGUGUUAUAAAGGAACACCCACAAUAGCAGAGACUGCAGCGGAAAGGCCGAUGGGUUUUCCACCUUCCCCUUUGCUGUCCUUCCCUGUUUCCACUGCUGGGGCACUUUGACUGGCUGCUUUGUUUCAAAUGUUGCUGCCUCAUUGGCUCCCGGCUCAAAUCUCUUCUAUUCCUGCUCCACUUCUUACAAGCUUCACUGUUAACCCCUCCGAGGCUCCGCAGCUGCUGAUCACAGCUCUUCUCCUCCUUCCAUCCCUCAUUAAAGGAUCCUUAAAGCAACGGAGCCACUUCCAGCCCUGGAAAAUGGUCUGCAAACAGCUCUAACCAUGUUCAGCAAGAAGAAGAAACGCAUCGAGAUCUCAGCACCCUCUAACUUCGAACAUCGUGUCCAUACUGGCUUUGACCACCGGGAGCAGAAGUUCACGGGGCUGCCUCGGCAGUGGCAGGGCAUCAUCGAGGAGUCUGCCAAGAGACCCAAGCCCCUGGUGGACCCAGUGUGUAUCACAGCCAUCCAGCACGGCUCACAGAAGACCAUCGUACGUGGUACCAAAGCCGCCAAGGACGGCUCCCUCACCUGGCUCCUGGAUGAGUUUGAGAACAUGUCCGUGUCCCGUUCCAAUUCUCUGCGCAGGGACAGCCCCCCAUUCCCACCCCGACGUGAUCAACUCUGCCAGGAGAACGGCCUUUCCGAGGACAUCGGUCGCAGCAAAGAGAAGAGCUGCCCUGAAAGGGUUAAAGAGAGACCCCGUGAACGGGACCCACAACGGCCCCGUGGGCAGGAGCCCAGACCUGGGGGUCGCCCACCCCCUCCUGAAUACCCCAAACCCCCCCCUGAACGUGAUGGCAUUGCUGAUAGGGACUGCAGCCAACGGGACGAGCGCGUGGUGCGACGGGAGCGCACGGAGCCUUGUGAUAAGCGACCUAAAUCCAGCUAUGGCAAUGAAAGCAGCCCUCAGUCCCCCCGUGACAAACGCCCUCUAUCUGGGCCUAAUAUCCGGACUCCCAACAUCCCCGUAUCCGAAGGGGUGAUGAAGACUGCUCAGCAGACGGGACGACCCUUUAAUACGUACCCAAGGGCUGAGACCGACCCCGUCCGGGGUGCAGGUGCACAGGCUGAGCCCCGGCCAGGCCGACCACAGGAGCCAGCAGCACCCAAUGGGCCUGCAAGCAGCACCGCCAGCUCCUCCCGACCCCAGCCCCCCGGCCCACCCCGCUCCAAGGUCCCUGAGCCCCCCACUGGCCUCACCCCACACUCCUCUGAGCCCCACCUGGCCCGCCAACCUCAGCCCGGCCCCCCACCCCCUGCAGUCGGCCCACAACAGCCCCGUUCACCCCAACGAGAGCCCCAACGCGUCUCCCACGAACAGUUCCGAGCUGCUCUUCAGAUGGUGGUUGAUCCAGGAGACCCUCGUACUUAUCUGGAUAACUUCAUCAAGAUCGGGGAGGGCUCCACAGGGAUCGUCUGCAUCGCCACCGUCAAGAGCAGCGGCAAGCUGGUGGCCGUCAAGAAGAUGGACCUACGCAAGCAGCAGCGGCGUGAGCUGCUCUUCAAUGAGGUGGUGAUCAUGAGGGACUACCAGCACGAGAACGUGGUGGAGAUGUACAACAGUUACCUGGUGGGCGACGAGCUCUGGGUGGUGAUGGAGUUCCUAGAGGGCGGCGCAUUGACCGACAUCGUAACACACACCCGGAUGAACGAGGAGCAGAUUGCAGCUGUUUGCCUGGCCGUGCUGAAGGCUCUGUCUGUGCUGCACGCGCAGGGCGUCAUCCAUCGCGACAUCAAGAGCGACUCCAUCCUGCUGACACACGAUGGCAGAGUGAAACUCUCUGAUUUUGGAUUCUGUGCCCAGGUGUCCAAGGAGGUGCCACGGAGGAAGUCUCUGGUUGGGACACCGUACUGGAUGGCACCAGAGGUGAUAUCACGGAUGCCCUACGGCCCCGAGGUGAGGAUGGAGUGAUGGGGUGAUGUGGGG